AUGAAGUAUGGACCAACGUACGCUCAUAGGGAUGAUACAAUUACAAAGUGCGAAGGUAGACGAUUAAAUUUGGGUCGCAGUAAAAUAUCUUAGUUGCAUAGAGAACAAAAAUGUAUUGCCUAUGGUGCCCGCUUCCCGCGCAGUAGGGCUCCCUUAAUAUUAAGAAAUACUAGUUAUCCAGUGCUUGGGAAUGAUUUGUCAAACAUCCCACAAGUGGCUUAAUAUGUUAUUCUAGUCACCAACCCCCAUCACUGUCUUGAAAGGCAUUCCAAUAACCCUAAUCAUUCUAGACAUCAUCAUCAGUCUGUAUGUUGAACGGGACGAAGAAAGUGAACUGAAAGAUCCACCAACGACAUCAAGUGGUAUCCAACUAGAAACGGGUAAGACAUGCCGGCUAUUUAUUCCUUUUAUCUUACAUGGGAUAGAUAAAUAAAUGAAAUAAGUCGAGGACAGUAAUUUAGGGGUCUCAGAACCAAACUAUAGUUACUUGUGACCCAUAACGAGCAAUAUAUUACAAUAACGUAAGGUAUCACUUGCAGGAUUUCAGACAAAGCUAAAACUAGAAUGUCACGAAAUAGAACACAUGAUGAACACAAAAUCCCUUACUUAAAACUAAACCCAUAAAUUACCCUAGUAAACAGGGUCAACCAAGUGAGCAAGAUCAACCUAGUUAAAAACAGCCUUCUCCUCCUCACUCUUAUUAUCAAGUUACCAUUCAAACUCAAUCAAAUAAACCAAAGCAAGCAGCUCCCUUUCUAGGGGUAUUUCAUGGCGUCAUCGCCAACCGGUUAUAUUUUUAGAUAAAUUUUUGGGCUCUUUUUUCAAGCGGAUAUUAAAUUCCACUCUGAUCAUAAACGCAUUCUCAGACAUUCACGUCUUUUGAUUUAGUUGCCGAGAUUCUUUUAUAUCGUAUACUUUGCGAAUGAACAGUUUGUUCCAUGCUUACUAUGAGGUUGGCCGGACAUACUUCUAAUGCAUGUUGCGAGUCAUCAAGUGUUAAAGAGCAGUUUCCGAGAUGACGAUGAAACUUGUGCCAAAGCCACAAUUGGAAUGGAAAAGGCAGCAUAUUGUCAGUGCAAACAGGUUCUUGGAGGUAACUGGAACUACUUUGAAGACUGA